GCAAAAUGGAUGCGUAAUCUCUCGUUCUCGUUGCGGAGGUUGGAGUGCUCUCACUGCGCUAUCGAGCUCUUGUUCCAUUCCCAUCGAAUUCCAGAGACGAUAAAACAUGGGUCGCGAAUCGCUGAUCUACAGCUUCGUGGCACGAGGCACCGCGGUGUUAGCAGAGUACGCUGAGUUCGGUGGGAAGUUCGCCGGCAUCGCCUUGCAGUGCCUCCAGAAGCUCCCUCUCAGCACCGACCACUUCACUUACAUCUGCGAUGGCCACACAUUCAGCUACCUCAUCGACAGCAGCUUCACAUACUGCGUCGUGGCAGUUGAGUCCAUUGGUCGUCAGAUUCCGAUGGCCUUUCUCGAGAGAAUCAAGGACGAGUUUGCUAACAGAUAUGGCGGAGGAAAGGCUGUGACUGCAGUGGCACAUAGCUUGGACAGAGAAUUCGGGCCUAAACUGAAGGAGCAAAUGCGGUACUGCGUGGAUCAUCCCGAAGAGAUCAGCAAACUUGCCAAAGUGAAAGCUCAGGCAUCAGAAGUGAAAGGAGUUAUGAUGGAGUAUGUAGAAAGGUGA